AUGUCAGAAGAAGAAGACGGCGUGAUGUCAAUAACACGCGACACAUCAAACUCGCAUGGAGAAGAGAAAGACUGUUUGAAGAUGGUGGCAGUGCUGCCCAUCAGGAAAGGUGAGGAGACCUUCACUACGUAUGGUCAGAUGGCCAACUGGCAGCUGCUGCGCAUGUACGGUUUCAUGGAGCCUUUUCCCACCAACGCCAACGACACGGCCGACGUCCACAUGACCACGGUGUAUGAAGCAGCUGUGCAAGCAACACAAAACGAGGUUGAGCAGUGCCUCCUGGUGGACAAAUGGAAAAUGCUCUGUGACAUGGAUGUGGUCAGGGAGAAGGGUGUCUGUUUUUGAGAAGAACAGAUCACUCAGACACAGAGCUCUAUGAAGGUAACAUGACUAGUGAGAUGCAGGAAUAAACAGGAGGUCAGAGAAUUCCAGGAGAAUGAAGGCUGGGAGGAAGACGAGGGUGAUGAGGAGGAUUCCAGAGCGGCCCAGGCUCUGAGUUUUGAAGGAAUGUCAGCACUGGCUCUAGAGCGGAAGCGACCGCUGCACACUGCUGCAGGCUUCACGCUGAACCUCUACAACAAGGAUCUGGAGUCAGAUCUCAGGCUGAUGGAGGAACCAACUCUGGCUAAACUCAGCCACAGAGAGAGGAAGAGCAUCAUCCAGAAGCUUCGGCAGCUCACACAGACCAGUACAGUGUAGUUAUAGUGUAGUACAGCAACAUCACUCAACCACCAGAGAGAAAAAAAUAUUCUAAGGUUCUCAGGGCAUAAAGAAAAUGUUAAACAAAAAUGUAAAGUAUUUUUAGGAAGAUGCUAGAUGUGCAAACUGUAUGUCUGAAUCAAUUCAGUGUCUCAGUCACAGCACUUAAAACAAUACAAAUGCUAUCUUGAAACAAAACUUGGAGUAUUUUUUUUUUUUUUUUUUUUUUUAAAUAAAAGCCAGAGGUAUUUUAUGACUAGUGUAGCUUCAGUCUGAACAUUCAAGCUAGAGGUCAUUACAACCUGAAGACUGUAAGAAGUGUGUGAAAAUGCAGCACUGACUGCUCUGAAAGCUAAUAGUGCCUAGCUAAAUGUUCUGAAUUAAAAGUAAAAACGUUUAACAUUUUA